AGUGCCUUUGUUUGUUUCAUAGAAAAAGUUGAUCUUGGAGGAAAAGUGUAUCGCCAAGAAACUAUCACAAUUACGGAGUCACUUCGCUAAUAGGUAUUAUAAGUAAAAGUAAUCUGUUUAGUCUCUAGCAUAGAGCUAAAGUAAUACGAAGCCGUGCGAAUUUGGGGUUCAGCAUUAAUUAACUGCUCGAGGCAUAUAACCUUAAAUAUUUUCUCAGUAAACAUUGUGAACAUUUGCAGUAAAUUCAUAUCAUAAUUGAGCAAGUUAUGGAAAGCAGUGAAGACAUAAUUGGGGUAAAAGAAGAGCCACAAGAUACUUGGCCAGACGCAAGCGAUGAUUAUGAUUUCGAUUCGGUCGACUCUUCCGGAGCCAAAAACAUUCAAAUGUUCCCACUUUAUAAAUCACCGGAAACAGUAGACGAAAAAAUAUUCGUAGACUUUGAGGGCAAAAAUGUGAAGCUUGAUCUGACGAUAUUACCGGCCAACAUAUGCAAAUCUGAGUUCAAAGUAAAAUCAGAAAACGAAAAUCAGACAAAUGGGAUGAAUCAAAAUAUAUACAUCGAAUUUGAGUGCAAAAAUGUGAAACUUGAAGGCAAGACUCCAUCGACAACCAUGUGCAAAACUGAGGAUCAAAGUUGUUUGCCUAUAGUGAAAAUAGAAAACGGAAAUCAGACCAAUGAUACAAAUGGAAAUAUAUCCACUGAUUUUGCAGUACAUUGUCGAACGAAGGCUUUUGAAUGUGAAAUUUGCCACAAAUUAUUUGCAUAUGAAAGUAAGCUCAACAGUCACAUAAAAACAGUACAUGAUCGCAGCAAACCCUUUGAAUGUGACAUUGGUCACAAAUCAUUUGGAAAAAAAGUACCCUCAAUACACACAUCAUCGGAAUACAUGAUCAUAGAAGACUCUUUGAGUGUGACAUUUGUUACAAAUCAUUUACACGAAAAAGUGGUCUCGCAAAACACAUAAGUUCAGUACAUGAUCGGAGCAAACCCUUUGAAUGCGAGAUUUGCCACCAAUCAUAUAGUCGCAGGCAAAAUCUGAAAAGUCUGCACCUCA